GGGAUGUGAGAUGGUGCGGAGCGAGGGAGGAGGAGGAGGAGGGAAAGAGAUAAGUGAUCUGAAGGAGAGACGAUAGGACAAAAAAAAGAAAAAAAAAAGUGAUGAUGAUGAAUACAUUGGAAAGUUUUUUUGGCCCCGACGAUGGUGUCAGAUUGAAUGGCCUGUGCGCAUGUGCGAAGGUGUCCGAACUGACAAUGCUCGUGAGAUGAAGAUAGUGCUGCUGCCGCUUCUGAGCUCAAGGAGGACGAGAGGAAUCCGCAAGCCGACGAGAUGAGAUCCAAGGCGAGGGCGAGAAAACUGGCCAAAAAUGAUAGUGAGGCAGUAGACAGCAUGUACGUCACAGAGUUGAACCCUGCAGCGGGUGAGAGCGCAGAGGAGGAGACGGAGGACAGUGUGAUGUCCCCGAUUGCCAUGGGCCCUGCCUCGCCCCAGCCCAACAACGAAGACUUCACCCCGAAAGAAGGCUCACCCUACGAGGUGCCUGUCUACAUUCCUGAUGACAUUCCCAUCCCCGCCAACCUGGAGCUGCGAGAGUCCUCUGUGCCAGGCGCUGGCCUCGGCAUCUGGGCCAAAACCAGAAUUGGGAUGGGCGAACGCUUCGGACCGUUCCACGGGCUGCACAGCACCACCGUCAAAGAGACCACUUAUGGAUGGGAGCAAAUGCUGAACGAUCAUGAAGUGUCAUCGCAGGAUAGCUGCAUCAAGAAGGUAGUGGACGAAAUGGGCAACGUGAAGUUCUGCCUGGACGAAGCGCUGGAGGCUAACGGGAGUUGGCUAAAAUACGUCCGGGCAGCGCCGUCUUAUGAGGAGCACAACCUGUCCGUCUGUCAGAUUAGCGAAGAUCAGAUUUAUUAUAAAGCAAUUAGGGAUAUUGAAGUUGGGGAGGAGCUGCUGAUUUCUAUGAAGGACGGAAUUUUUCCCGAAGGCUCGAUGGCACCAAAUCUGGAAGAUGAGCAUAUGUACCGCUGUGAAGACUGUGACGAGCUCUUCUCGUCGAAGCUGGAGCUGCGACGGCACCAGAAAUACUCCUGCAACACGGGCAGCUCUAUUUUCGAUUCGUUAAGCGAAGACCUCAAACAGGAGCGGGACGACAACGACGAACCGGUGCACGAGUGUAAAGACUGUGAAAAGAUCUUUCCCAGCGAGUAUAGUCUUGGCCAGCAUAUGGUAGUACACACGGAGGAAAGGGAGUACAAGUGUGACCAGUGCCCCAAAGCUUUCAACUGGAAGUCCAACCUCAUUCGUCAUCAGAUGUCACACGACAGUGGAAAGCGCUUUGAGUGUGAAAACUGCGAUAAGGUAGUAUUCACAGACCCCAGCAACCUGCAGCGCCACAUUCGCUCACAGCAUGUCGGCGCUCGUGCCCACACCUGCCCUGAGUGUGGCAAGACCUUUGCCACAUCCUCAGGUCUUAAGCAGCACAAGCAUAUCCACAGCAGUGUGAAGCCUUUCAUGUGCAUGUGUGUUCUACCAGGUGAGGUGUGUCACAAGUCCUAUACCCAGUUUUCCAACCUGUGCCGACACAAGCGAAUGCAUGCAGACUGCCGCACCCAGAUCAAGUGCAAGGACUGUGGGCAAAUGUUCAGCACUACCUCCUCCCUCAAUAAGCACCGACGCUUCUGCGAGGGAAAGAACCAUUAUAGUCCUGGAGGCAUAUUCACACCGGGCAUCCCUAUGACCUCCAGUCCCAUCAUGGGCAAGUCCAAGCCGCAUCCUGGCCUGAAUCACAGCGGCCUUGGCUUUGGUGAUUACUUCCACUCUCGACCGCAUCAUCCAGGCCUGCCCUUCUCUACUGCCCCUCCUGCAUUCCCGUCACUUUCCCACGGCUUUACAGGGAUUUUCCCUCCGUCACUGUAUCCUAGACCCACAUUGUUACCUCCUAGCCCAUUACUGAAGAGUCCGCUGAGUAACAGUCAAGAUGUGAAAAUUCCUCAUAGUCCCCUUGAUGCCCCUGCUCUCCCAAUGGUCACAUCUGUUAGCAGCACCAAUGGCAAUGCAGGUAGUGGCCUGAGUCUCUCCGAGGUGAAUCGCGAAUCUAAGCAGGAUCUGUCCAUGUUAGACAGCAAAAGUAAGGUGAAAAUGAGUGACAUGUCUGAUGGAAGUGACUUGGAGGACGUGAACACCACCAGCGGCACUGAUCUAGACACCACCACUGGCACAGUUUCCGGCUCUGAUCUGGACAGCGAGGCAGAGAGCGAGCGAGAGAAGAGUCGAAGGAAACAUAGACAGGAAGGCAAACAAGAGGAGGUCAACAGCAGUGUAGUGUCCAUGUCUAGCUCAGGUAACCUCCCUCAUGAUCGCCCUUUCCUCUCUUCCCAGCACUCCUUCUUUCCUCCACCUGAUGAGCAGGCACUCCCACCCACUGGUGCCACAACCGACUCUAUCAAAGCCAUCGCUUCCAUUGCUGAAAAGUACUUCGGGCCAGGCUUUAUGGGCUUGCAGGAAAAGAAAAUGGGCUCAUUGUCUUACCCUUCGAUGUUUCCCUUUCAGUUCUUACCCAACUUCCCACAUUCCUUGUACCCUUUCACAGACAGAGCACUCAACCCCAACAUGUUCUUAAAACCAGAACCCAAAUCACCUCGUGAGCACAUACAGAAAAUGACUACCACCACUGCUGUGGAGUCACCAUUUGACCUCACCACCAAGGCCAAGGAAGUUAAGCCUUUCCUUCCACCCUCCAUCAAGCCUUCUAGUGCACUUCUUCCCAGAGGUGAAGAUCAGCCGCUGGAUCUGAGCAUAGGAGGCCGGAGCCGAGCCAGUCAAAAUGGUGGAACACCCGAGCUGCUGAAGAAUCAUGUCCAUAGUACCAACUGCAAAACGCCAGCUAAAGACGAGCAUCCAGUCCUGAACCAAUCUCAGAACCUUCACCAGCCCCAGAUGCCUCAGCAGCAAGUGUCCCUUCCACAGCCUCCUCCUCAGCAGCAGCCCUCGCUCCACUACGCCAAGCCUUCGCCCUUCUUCAUGGAUCCCAUCUACAGCAGGGUGGAGAAAAGGAAGCUGAUAGAUCCUGUAGGAGCACUGAAGGAGAAGUACCUAAGACCAUCUCCAUUGCUCUUCCACCCUCAGGUGUCUGCGAUGGAGAGCAUGACUGAGAAACUGGAGAACUUUGGCACUUUGAAACUGGAUGCUCCCAAUUCGCUACAGCACUCCUCACAUCACCUCUUUAACUUCCGCUCCCCUCCUCCUUCUUUGUCCGACGCCAUACUACGCAAAGGCAAAGAACGCUAUGCCUGCAGGUACUGUGGGAAAAUCUUUCCCAGGUCGGCUAAUCUUACCAGGCACUUACGAACACACACAGGAGAGCAACCAUACAGAUGUAAAUACUGUGACCGUUCCUUCAGCAUCUCGUCCAACCUCCAGCGACACGUCCGCAACAUUCACAAUAAAGAGAAGCCCUUCAAGUGCCAUCUGUGUAACCGCUGCUUUGGUCAGCAGACCAACCUGGACCGCCACUUAAAGAAACACGAGCAUGAGAAUAUCCCAGUGAGCCAGCACUCUGGGAUUCUCGCAAAUCUGGGAACGAAUAUCUCCUCUCCAAAUUCCGAACCGGACAAUCACGCACUUUUAGACGAAAAAGAAGACUCGUAUUUCUCAGAGAUUAGAAACUUCAUCUCGAACAGCGAGCUGAACCAGGCCUGCAGCUCCUCGGAGAAAAGGUCAGAAAUAACCGAGGACGAGCGUCCCGGGAGCCACGCCGUCACGAACUCCAAGCUCGAGGAGGAGGAAGAGGAGGUGGAGGGAGAUGACGAAGACGAGGAAGGUUCGCUAACAGAAAAGUCGCAGGAUGAAAUGACUUCUCCUGCCACCAUGGUGCAGAGCACUUACGACGACGACGAGGAAGCUGCUCCGCUCUCCAUGAGUUACGAACACCCGCGCAGGUGUAUUGAGGAGGAUGCAGGCCUGUUAGAUCUGGAGCCUCUGCCUGGCUUUCCAAAGGGCCUGGAGCUCCAUAAGCCUGCAGAUGAGCCGUUUGACGUUAAAGACAUUUUUAACACCGCCUUAGAGUCUGAGGCGCUGAAAGAAACACUCUUGAGGCAGGCUAAAACCCAGGCUUAUGCAAUGAUGCUGUCUCUGUCGGAGAACAACCCCCUGCAUCCAUCCUCCCAGAACUCACUAGACGCCUGGUUGAACAUGGGAGGAGGCCCUUCAGAAACUAGCUCCUUUCACCCACUCAACCAUAUCUAAGCCCAGAGAGCAAGGAGACGGGGAGGGGUCGGAGGGAGAGGAGGAAUGAGUGAGAGAAAAAAAGCAGAGAGAGAGUGGGAAUAGGAUUUAGGGUUAAGACCACCACGAAGGAGAUGCAUAUGUUACAAGAGCACAUGAAGACCAGUGAUGCUUACAGUAGACAAAUCACCACUUCGACUGGGGAAAAGGGAGAGGACCAGAGCUGAAAGACUGUUGAAACAGAGAAGUGAACCAGCAGAGCUGUAGAGCUCUCCUUUCCACAGCCGAGAGACAAAAGACUGACUACACCACUGCACAUUGCUCUGUACAACUCCAGAUUUGUUUUGAAGCUCAGUUUUCACCUUGGAAUCUGGGUCUUGGAAAAACCCCAUAUAUCCCAGCGACAUCACAAAAUCUCAUUCAUUACUUUCUCAUUGGGACAGCCAUGCUUUUAAAGUGACGAUAGAGGAAAGACAAAACGGAAGGUAUUUCUGUCGCGUAUGCUGAUCUGAUCCGAUCGAGUCCCCAAACUAUGUAACACGCAGUGGCACGAUCAGACCACAUGAGGGCAUAUUGAAGUGCCAGGACAGGUGCUGAACAGUUAACCGAACAGCUUUGUGUCUUCUAAAUGUCUCCGGUGUAGAACUAAUUAGCAAAAUAGGUCUGAAUUAGCGCAAUAUAUAUACAAACCAAUCAGAUGAGCCAUAGAAAUAGAUAGAAUCACAUCCACUACUAAUCACAUCGCUCCUCUUUGAUUGUGUUGAUCAUCAUCAGAGUGGUAGAACAGUAGCAAAGCUCAAAGCAUGGCUGCUCAACUCAUCACCUUAACCUGAACCUUGUUACUGUCCUGAUUGCCAUUUUAACUGUACACAGGUUGUGGUUUUUCAUUUUUCCUCAAGCGUUUAAAUUAUUCUCCUCCCAGCGUUCUCAUUCAUUCGUAACACUCUCUUUUUGUAUUGUAUGUGAUUUGUUCUUUGAUCAACAGUAUUGGUUUUUUUUGAGCACUUCUGUGCUUAUAUUGUUAAUAUAAUUAUUUAGUGAAGGACCAAAUUUGUAUGAUAAUGUUGUAAGAUGUACAAAAUAAUUUCGAAAAUUCCUAGCAAAGAGUGUUGUGUGCCAAAUAACCCUUUUUUUUUUUUCUCGGACAAUCAUUUCUUUUUUUAUUUCCCAGUGGUUAUGUUCUUUGCUGUUUGAGUAGUUUUUUUUCUCUCUCUUAUUACCUGCUCACUCUAUGUAUUUGAUUUGAGGUGCAUUUGAUUUCUAUUUAUUUUAGUUGUUUCAUCAUUAUAGGAAAAAAAGAAAAAAAAAGGAAAAAAAAACAAAAAGAAAAAGAAAUGACCCAGUUUCACCCAGUUGUUGAAGGAUUUGAAUCUAUGACUGAGACUUUUAAUCUCAUGAUGCUCUGAAGGAUAUUGUAUAGAGACCGGUAUGCCAAAAUGUAAAUGACAAAAUCAACUAUUUUAUUUAUAACUUUUGGCAUUGGCACCAGUCUGUUUGUGUUCGUUGUGAGGUCUGUUUUCAUUUUUCACUUUUUCCUCGACCAUUUGAAACUGUACAUAUCGUGUGUGAUGUUGAACAAAUGGUUGGAUUUAUUAUUUUUUUCUUUUUCUAAUGAAUCCUUUGAUUAAAGCAUCAGGUCACUUGAAUGGCGGGGCAUUAUCUUUGUACUGCUAGAGUCAAUUUUGCUUUCGGUUUUAGUCUCCCUGGUUUGAGCACGGCGAAAACGACGACCAUGUCACUCUCUCUAACAGCCUUCCAGUCCUGUGUGUUGAGUAGGAAAACAGCAUGCCACUGUAUCCAAAAAACAAUCCAAAUUGUGUGUUGGCACCCCACAGACCAAAAGCACGAAACCAGAGGCAUGGCCCUUGGAUGCAACCGUGCUGUGCUUUUUUUUUUGUGUUUGUUUAUUUCUUUCAGUCUUACAUUCUUAAAAAUAUAAGCAGCUGCUGUCAAUCGAAGGGGCUGAACGCCAUUAAAUCCGCAGGUUCGAAUGGUGAGUUGGGAAAUUUCUAUUUCUAACGCUGAUACGUGAGUGUAGAUCGGGAGGGGGGUGAAGCAGAAAAGCUCAGCUUUUAAAAACACGCAUGUUACCCAAGUGCCAGGACUCAGGAGUCCUCGUGCAACUCUACUGAACUGUGAAUCCAGCACACGAAUCGUACAAAUCAACAACAAGGAACACAAGCUUAUGAUAAAUGUGUAGAAUAGACUCGGUGUUUGCUCACGGAUCAAACCUUUGUUUUUUUUUUCUUCGGACGCUGAUUUAAAAAAAGAAUCUGUUGUCAUUUUUAUUCCCAUCACAGCUUUUACAUUUUACAUAUAGUUUAGAAAGUGUGCAAAAAGCACUUAAUUAUGCAGCACUCCUGAUUUCUCAGUCCCCAGCAGUCCUUUAAAUACUGCUUGUAUUUUUUUCUUUCCAAAUCUCCAAAUAAAGCCACUGGGUUUUCAAACAAGCACUUCAACCACACUUUAUAUAUAAACAUCGUGUCACACAGUCUUUGGCGAAACUUUAUAAACCGAUUAUGAACACCCUGGAUAGAGAGAAUUUUUCUUUAGUACUGUUACAGGGCACUGUUAUAGUUGUCAUACUUUAAUUUGCCACUAGAGGGUGCUUCUGUGUCAUUUUAACUUUUGACAUGGGCACGAUCUGUCCAUGCCUCAUGUGGCCUAGCUGGAGUUGUCGAAUCGUACUGCAUAUGUCGAGGUUCAUGAUGUCACAUACUACUGUAAUAAGCAAGCGCUGUAGGCGGUGGAGAAACCGUUCCACGACGAAUGGUCACAAACUGGUCUCGAUAUGGAAGUUGUCCUACCCCACCGGCCCCUCCCCCUUCCACUGUUACAACACAAAACGAACGUAAAAACCAUGUUUUGUUAUGGUUGCUCGAAAAACUGUAUAGUGUUCCGGAAAAAAAAUAAAAAAAUAAAACGUUGCAUUCGUCUGCAAAUUCGUUUUAAAAAAUGGGUUUGAAAAUAGAUGGUGCUUGUUUCCUUUGGAUCUGAGUUGUAUAUUGCUUCUGUUCUGUUUAUUGAGAGAAACUGUUGUGCAUGACUUGUGUUUUAGCGGUCAUAAUGGUGUCCAUUUGUGAAAUGUGUAUCUUAAAUUAAAAAGAAGAAAAGAAAAAAAAAGGUCAUUAAAAAAUACUGAAUUUGUAGAUGCACUUAUCGUACACGUGGUUAGGUUAGUAGGUUUGACUUUAAGUCCUGUUAACUGCCUUACCUGCAACAGGCAGACGGUUAUUGAAAUAAACAUUAUGCUUGUGGGAGAGAAAUAAUGAUAAAAAAAAAAAAAAAAACAAUUUGAAAGGAUUGUAGAAAUAAUAAUCAGAAAUCUGAUAAUUGCAGUUCUUUUCUCUUUUUUUUUUUUUUUGAUGCUUGUGAUUAUUGAAGAUGUACUUUAGAGAAAUUUCAUGGAAAAGACAUGAUUCUGAUGUUAAUUCUGUAGAAUAGAUAUGUAUACCAAAUGUAAUCUUUCCAAUGCUAUGAAGAAUUUAUACAUGAAAUUGAUAUGCAAUAAAAACCUGUGUGCUUUUUAUAUGAA